AUGCCGUCAGCCACACUACUAGGAAAGCGGAAAAGCAUACCCGCUCAGCCCGAGGCGAAGAAGAAAAAGAGAGUUGCGGAGGACCUUGAGGUCAAGAGAAAGAAGCAGAAACUCGCCAAAAAGGAGGAAAAGCCCGUGAAGAAGGCAGACGAGGAGGAAGAAGAGGAACAACAAGAUAUCAGCGACGCGCUUUCCGUUUUCCAGCGCGCUUUUGAGGCUCGAUUCAAACCAAUUGCUUCUGCCUCUGCUACGACUACCACAACAAAGGUCGAGAAAUCAAAGUCGACCAAAAACAAGACAAGGAAAGCCCAAGAGGAUGGGGACGGCGUCGGUGAUGAUUUUGACGAGGACCAAAUACUUGAGGACGAUGAUGCGGUAGAUUCGGGCUCGGAAGACGACUUCUCCGGCUUAGAGGAUGAGGAGGAUUAUAGUGGCAGCGACAGUGAAGAGGAGGAGAAGGAUGAUGAGGAUGCCCCCAAGGUAAUGGUGGUGGACUACUCAAAGGAUUCGUCAAAGAUGGAUACGUCGAAGAUGUCAAAGAAGGAGCUAAAAGCUUACUUGUCCUCCAAACCCCCCAACGCCAUCCUCGACUCCAACUCCCAAACAAACGGCACCAAGGCCAAAAAGGACAAGGAUGGUGAGGGCGAGGACAGCGCCGCAUUCCUCGCCAACGAUCUCGCUCUCCAGCGCCUCAUCGCCGAGUCGCACAUCCUCUCCGCGGCCGGCGGCAACGCUUCACACUACCUCUCUAGCGCCGCCGCCGAAACCGAUAAGAACACGCGCGCCUUCGCCGAGGGCCGCAUCCGCAAAAAGACGACGGACAUGCGCAUGCAAGCGCUUGGGGCAAAGGGCAGUGUGCUGGAGCAGGAGAAGAUGCCGAUGAACAUGCGCAAGGGCAUCAAGAAGGCGUCGGAGACGUACGAGCAGAAGAGGAGGCGGGAGGCCAGGGAGAAUGGCAUUAUCCUGGAGAAGGCGUCCGGCAAGGGCAAGGGUAAUGUGAAGAAGAGGAGUGGAGGAGACAGGCCGGUGGAUAUGCCCGGUAUAGGAAAGAUGAGGGGCGCACAGCUUACCAUCAGUUCAAGAGAGAUCAGGAGUAUGGAGAACUCGGGACCUGUCGGGAGAGGAGCAAGGGGAAUGGGUGGAAAGGCCAAGGGCGGGCAUAGGAAGAGGAGGUGA